UGUCAAUCCUUUCUAAAGUUAGUUUUUUGUAUUACAUAAAGUGGUGUUAAUUGAUUUAUUUAUAUUUUUAUACACAGUAUGAUGUGAUGUCAGGACCAAUAGAAACAGAACACAAAGAAGUAUCAAGCCAAGCACUUCCAUCUGAAAUUCAGGAAAGAGUUGUUGAUAGAAUUACUGGAAAGACCUCACAGGCCAUUGAUAAUAAAGAUAUGACUUACAUCUGGGACUUUGCUGGCCAGCAGCUGUACUACAUCACACAUCGAAUAUUCUUAACAAGCGAAGCAGUGUAUGUGAUUUUGUUCAAUUUGCUGGAAAGUAUGUACGAAAAAGGGAAGAAAAGAGUCUAUAAGGGGGUAAAUAG